GACAGUCAAAUACGAUUCGAAUCAAGAGAUGGGAAGAAAAUAAGCUCGCGGGGAUACGGGAUCGAGACCCUUUCUGAUAGCCAGUGGCAUAGUAUUCCACCGGUCUUUCCAAAUGAGGAUCAUUGGAAAGUGAAUCGAGAACCAAUCAGCAAUCUAAUUGUUUGCGUCAAGACAAUACAGACCCUGUCAGCCAUUCGAUCACUUGCCAAUCGUUUAAAUCGAGAAUCAAACAUUCUUUUUCUUCAGAAUGGGGCUGGUGUCAUUGAAACUAUCAAUGAUCAGUUAUUUCCAGAUCCACAAUCUCGUCCGAACUAUCUUAUCGGCGUAACUUCUCACGGCGUGACACUCAACAAAUCUUUUGAUAUCACGCAUACUGGCUUCUCUGCAACCUCAAUAGGUGCUGUUCCCGCGAUUCAGACACGGACCUACCUACUCGAUAUACUUCCCAAAUCGACAACACUGAACGCCAAAUCAUACUGUUACACUGAUAUCCUACAAAUUCAACUUGAGAAACUUGCCGUGAAUGCAUUUUGCAAUCCACUAUGCGCUCUUAAUGAUUCGCCAAAUGAGUUUCUAUUUACGAUGCCAGAAAUGAGACAAUCCAUACUUCAAGAGGUUUCAAGGAUUGUGUUAUCUCUUCCAGAAUUGAAAGGGGUCGCUGGUCUAGAGAAAAGAUUUUCACCGGAGAGUCUAGAAGCCACCGUCAACAUGAUCAUUACCAAGACAGCCAAAACCACCUGCUCUAUGGUGUGGGAUUUGAGGGCUAAGAGGAGAGACCGAGAUCAACUUCAUCAAUGGUUCUUGGAGUCGAAUGGGUCGGAAAGUUGGGGUGAAGACACCAGUGAAUGA